CGCGUCAUAGACGAGCCUCGUUUCGCCCGCGACCGCAGCGCAUCUCCUCGCGAUGAACCUCGCGGCGAUCGCACUCGCAGCCGCUCUCCUAAUGGCCGUAUGGAUGAUCGGCCUUCUGUCGACUCUCGCAAGCCCUUGGAUGACGAUGAAGAGGGCGCUCAGAACACCGGCUCCAACCUGUUCGUCACUGGCAUCCACCCUCGCCUCACUGAGUCCGACAUCUGCCGCCUGUUCGAGAAGUAUGGCGAUGUUGAGAACUGCUCGAUCAUGGUCGACCCUCACACCAAGGAGUCUCGUGGCUUCGGUUUCGUCAAGAUGGUGACGGCCGAGCAGGCCGAUGCUGCCAAGGAGGGCCUGCAGGGCGAGGUUAUCGAGGGUCGCACUCUGAGCAUUGAGAAGGCCCGUCGUAGCCGUCCUCGCACCCCGACCCCCGGCAAAUACUUCGGUCCUCCCAAGCAAGGUACAGAUUUCCGUGGUGGACACGGUGGCCGUGGUCGUGGCGACCGCUUUGAUGAUCGCCGUGGCGGAUACGGAGGCAGCUGGCGCCGUAAUGACGACUACCGCUAUGGUCGCUACGACUCCUACAGUGAUCGCCGAGACUAUGGUGGCCGCGAUUACCGUGACUAUGGCGGUCGUCGUGACUACCGUGACGACUACGGCUACCGUGGUGGCAUCGACCGCUAUGCUUCUAGCCGCGAGGACCGUUACAGCCGUGAGGAGCGUCGUGGUGGUGGUGGUGACGACCGCCGCAGCGGUGGUGGCGAAGACCGUCGUAGCUACUACGACCGCGACGCCAACCCCCCUAGCUACGGCGGUGGCCACAGCGCCGCACCUCCCUCUCGUGAGGCUUAUGGCGGCAGUCGUUCCUACGAUCCCCGUGACGACAGAUACAGCUCCCGGUAG